AGCGAUGACUUCCACUAUCGCGCACAUUGAUGGAAGCUUUUGUGAAGGUGGCGGUCAGCUUCUUCGCAACGCAGUCGCUCUCUCUGCCCUAUUGUCCAAACCAAUCUCCAUAGCCAAUAUUCGUAGCAAUCGAAGACCCCCCGGGCUCCGAAAACAGCAUGAAACAGGGAUCAAUCUCGCAACCACGAUUUCCGCAGGUGAAUCAGAAGGCGUGGACUUGGGAUCUACCAGCGUUACCUUCAAGCCAGGAAAAAUAGAACUACCUAGAACAUUAACUGCUGACCCCGGAACAGCAAGCUCCACGACCUUGCUUCUCCAACUCGCCUUGCCAUGCUUGCUAUUUUCUUCCUCGCCGACUACGCCUUCCCAGCUGACUCUGCGCGGAGGGACGAAUGCAUCGCAAGCUCCUCAGAUAGAUUAUACCCAGCAUGUUUUCUUACCAUUCAUGAAACGACAUUUUGGCGUAGACGUUGCGCUCAAGAUUCUGCGACGAGGAUACUUCCCAAAAGGAGGGGGUGUCGUGUUUUGUAGUGUGCCCCAAAUCGCCGAGGCGCUUCCUCCAGUAACGCUUACAGAGAGAGGACCUGUUCAGGUCAUCAGGGGUGAAGCUCGGGUGGGAGGGCUUCCUUUCAUUCUUGCUGAACGCAUGAAAAACGCUGCCCGUACUAGACUAUUGGCUGGUGGUAUUUCUCCGACUGCUAUCCGGAUUAACGCGAUCAGAGAGACCCAGGAGCAGACUUUUGGAAGUGGAGGGGGAAUAUUACUACUCGCUGAGACUGAGAACGGCUGUAUUAUAGGGGGUUCGUCAGUCAGCACGAAGAGCAAGGCUCCAGAGGAGAUUGGCAACGAAGCUGCAGAUGAGCUCCUUCGUAAUCUUGGUCAUGAUGGAUGCAUAGAUGAGUAUUUACAGGACCAAAUAGCUAUUUUCAUGGCUCUAGCAAAGGGCCGUUCAGAAGUCAAGACCGGGCCUCUGACCGAUCACACAAGGACGGCAAUAAAAAUAGCGGAGCAAAUGACUGGCGCUACAUUUCUUCUCGAAGAGAACCCAUCAGGUUGCGUUAUAAUAAGAUGUGACGGCAUCGGCUAUACCCCUUCACUAUAGCAAUCUCAUAGAAUGGAUAAAAUAUGACGUGCUGUGGGUAAGUUCAUGGAAUGAUAUUACAGGGUCAAUCGGCCAGGUUCCAGUACAUACGAGUGUUCGUGACAUCCAACAUGCUCUUAUCGGUUCCAAGACAACAAUGACAUAUCCCCCAGACGUCUGUAGCGCAAUUAGUCGUAUUUUCUCAUGGUACAUGAAAAAUCAUCAUACCUCGGCUUGAGAAGGUGUCGGACAGUUCCCGCUAAUGCAAGGAAGACAAAGACACCUGAUGCUGCAACAUAAGCCCAACCGAGGAAUGGGUUCUUGCCACCUAUCCAAGAAACCGUAGAAAUGACAAGUGAUUUCGUUCCCUUGUAGCCCUGAACUGGAUAAU